CAGGACUAAUACUUAACCGAUAUUGCAUAUUGGCAAGAGUAGGAAAAAAAAGUCCUGGAUUAUAGAACAGACACACUUUUUACCAAGGAUAAUCUUCAAAGUGAAAAGCUGUUUGAAUAAUCUGGACCAAGUGUGGGAUGGCGGAGAGUGUACCCACUAUGGAUAACUCAGAGGAGGAGUUCUAUGAUGUGCCGGAUUCCUUCCUCGAGCUACACCGUGGGGAAGGAGAGAAAACUCCACCAGCAUCACAGACUGACUACGCUCCUUCUCCAGGACAAGUCGCAGCUCUCAAUGCUGAAAGCAAAGCUUCGCAAUCUGUCACAGAGCCCAACCCUCCUGUGCAGUUUGCAGUCUACCAGGUCAGCAGUGAGUCCCUGUCCCUGCGUUGGGAUACCCCUGCUGGUGAAGUGGAGAGUUACAUCGUGACUUGUUGCCAUGAAGGAGACGUUGUGCAAGAAUCAACAGACACAAACACGCUGACUCUCAGCCACCUGAAGCCUGGGGUGUGCUACUCUCUUCUGGUGUCUACACAACUUAGGAAUGGAAGAAUAAGCAAGCCAGCUGCGACAUCUGCCAAAACAAAGACACAUCUAGAGAGCUUAUUGGAGGAUCUGGGGUUGGAGGACCGCCUCAAAGAGAAGCUAUCCCUCAGCACAAUACUUCAGAUAGACAAGAAGACCAUCACUGAUGAACCUCCCAAGUGUAACGCAGAUCUCCCAUGGUACUUCCUAAAGAAACUGAUGAUGGUUAAUGUGACAGCAAGGAAUGUGAAACUAAAUAGUACAAAUUCAUGUGACAGGCUAAACCCCCUUGACAUAAUCACUGCCCUCUUUCUGUGCUCGGAUGGUUUUGUACGGCAGGAACUGUCACUCAAAAUGUCCAUGUGUCAGUUUUCAGUUCCUCUGUUGCUUCCUAACUGUGACACAAAGCAGUGCACACUCAUGCUUUGGGCCAUGAGAGACAUUGUUAAAAAGUACAGACCUCAGUCCCUGACCGAAUCCAAGGGCUUUAUUGAAGAAAGAAUUGUUCUGUCUGAACUUCCAAUGAUAUCAUUUGUGAGACUCGGUGAGUGCUCCUUGUCCAAGUCAGAGAUUCUCAAUAAGCUUCUGAGCAAUGAUACCUUUGUUCAUCAUGAUAUGGAGUGUGGUGACAGUCCAAGGAGAAUAUCCAAUGGACUCGUUGAAAUCUCUUGGUACCUUCCAUGUGGGAACAAAAACAUGGACGUCUUCAGUGAGCCAGUAGCUGUAGCUAACCUUCGAGGGGACAUUGCUUCAUUUCAAACACAAUUUUCCUUUUUGUGUCAGACAUCUGCAGCAGUGUUUGUGUUCUUUGACACCUUGGACUCUGAAUGUGAGCUACUUACCAACCAACAACACAAGACACAGAUAUUUUUGGUUGGGAACCAUCAAAGCAAUCGCUUCAGUAUGGAUGCUCUGCAAAAUGUAGCAGCUGAGUUGGGCUUGACUAACAACAACAUCCUUUUGAAAACUAAACAAAUGAAUGAUGCAGACUUUGUCAAAACAUUGGGGGAAACAGUCAGCAACGUAGUUGAGAACUCAAAAAUGAAGAUGCGAAUUGAGCAGAUGGCUGACAUUGCCCACAAACUGGGAAUCUUGGUUGAUGAAGAGUCUUCAGAGUGCCAGACUGCCAAGAAAAAUGCAGAUGCCAUCACGACUGAAAUUCAAGAUAUCCUUCAAUACAAAGAAGCUGAGCUGCCCUUACAAGGCCAAAUAUGGAAGGAACUGACUCGCUUAGAGAAGGAAGAAUUUCGGCUUCGAAAUGUCGGAUCUAAGAAUAUAGAAGACUACAAAAGUGAUCUUCUCCUAGAGAAAACACAACUUCGGAAAGAACAGAACUCUCAUGACAUUUCAAAUGCAAUGACAUGUUUCAUCAAUGCAAUAUCAAGCCCAGAGAUAGAGAGGUGCUAUUUCCUGAAAUGGAUGCGAAUGAACCUCGAUAACGUGUCUCGAGAGAAAUUGUCUGACCUCAGGGAGCGGUACAAAGAAAAAUGCAAAAAUCCUGAAAACAAAGAAGAAAUCAAAGACAUUGACAGACAACUAUCCAACAGCUCAUUGGGGAUUGAACACUUCUUCCGUGAAAUGGGUCAGAUCUAUGAAGCUUCACUUUCCCUUCCAGAAACUGAACCAUCACGUGAACAACUACAGCAUUUGCCCAAACUAUGUGCACAAUUGUUACUCGAUGGACUUCCUCUUGAGCUUGUAGAUGGAGAAGCAUCCAACAUACCUCUCAGAUGGAUUAGUGACGUUCUUUCUCAGCUCAAUGACUUGAUGUCUCCUCUGAAUAAGAUACUGGUAGUCACUGUUCUUGGAGUUCAGAGCACAGGGAAGUCCACUCUCCUCAACACUAUGUUUGGAGUGCAGUUUGCAGUCAGCAGUGGUCGAUGCACUCGAGGGGCCUUCAUGCUGCUCAUCAGAAUCAAUGAAGAUAUCAAAAAAGAACUCAACUGUGACUUCAUGAUGAUCAUUGACACCGAGGGCUUAAAGUCACCAGAGCUUGCACAACUGGACAAUAGCCAUGAGCACGACAAUGAGCUUGCAACACUUGUUGUUGGGCUGAGUGACGUCACCAUCAUCAAUAUUGCAAUGGAGAAUUCAACCGAAAUGAAAGACAUCCUACAAAUAGUCGUGCAUGCUUUCCUCCGGAUGAAAGAGGUGGGCAAAAAGCCCAAAUGUCAGUUUGUUCACCAGAAUGUGUCAGACGUUUCAGCCCAUGAGAAGAACUUACGAGACAGGAAACUGCUCAUGCAACAGUUAAACGAGAUGACCCAGGCAGCAGCCAAAAUGGAAAAGAAAGAAGAGAACAAGAACUUCAGUGAUGUGAUGGAGUACAGUCCAGACACCGGGAACUGCUAUAUUCCUGGACUCUGGAAUGGAAGCCCACCAAUGGCACCAGUCAAUGCCGGGUACAGCGAAGCUGUGUAUGAGCUGAAGAAGAACAUAAUCCAUGUUUUGGGAAGUUGUGAGUCAUCUGCUAAUGAUAUCUUGGAGUUUACAGAGUGGAUGAAAAGUCUUUGGAAUGCAGUAAAGCAUGAAAACUUCAUCUUCAGCUUCAGAAACAGCCUGGUGGCUGAUGCCUACAUGAAGCUGUGCACAGAAUUCAACAAAUGGGAAUGGGAAUUCAGACAACUCAUGUACACGUGGGUUACAGAUGCAGAAACAAGGAUUCGCAACUUUGGUACCGUUGCUGGUAAAUCUGAGAUAUCUGACAUGUCAGAAUGUGUCAAGCAGUUGAAAAGUGAAGCUUCCACAAUUCUGUCUGAAUGGGAGACAAAGCUUCUUGAAAACCUGGCACAGGGUCAUGUCUACCUCGUUGAAGAAUACAAAGAAGGCUUUGCAAACGGUGCUAAGAGUCUUCGACGACAAAUGCAGAGCUCCGUGUUUAAUCAGCUCACAGCAGCAGCUGACAUCAGAAACGGGAUGACAGAACUUGAAAAAAUCAAGGAGAACCACACAAAAGAAUUGGAGGGGAGAGUGCGUGCAUUGAUAGAAGAGUGUCAGAAGAAAAAUAUCCAAAUGACAGAAAAGGAGCUGGAUGAAGAAUUUGACAAGAUGUGGACUGAAACGCAGAAGGAACUUUCCUUUGAAGAAAUGAAGUUUGAUGACAUUUACAACAGUUGCCAAAAGAAGGCAGAAGAAUUCACGCGUUGCUGCCUGAAGCCUGCAGUCGAAGACUUUGUCUACCGGUCCCUGGGUCCUGAUAUCAUUGGAGAAAUGCUGACAAAUGAGCAGUUCAGCACACGGAUGUCCUUCCAGUACUCAGUUUUACUGGAUUUGCUUAGAAAGGAUGACUUUGAGAACUAUCGGAGCUACAUUUGCUCCUAUGAAGAGUAUGUCAAGAAUUGGAUACUCGACAAAAUAGUGAAACGCUUCUCCGAAGCAUCUACGAUAUUUGAGUUUGAGGAUCGACAUGUUCAGUCAAGUAUCAGGAUCAUCAAUGCUGCUGUCAACAAAGCCAAAACAGAAAAGAGUGCCAACUUGGAGUCAUUUGUUAAAAACGUCUGUCAGGAACUUGGUGAUAAGCUGGUCAUUUCCCAGGAUGCUCUUGGUGCUUUCAUGAUCCUGAACAAUGCCGACCAGGAGCAGUUUGCUCACUGGCUGACUGAGUGUGUGAAGGACAUGGCACAAGUCCUUCAAGAGGAGUUUAAUGAAACAGACAUCCUAAUGAAACUAAUACAAUUAAAUGUCCAUCCUCAGAAGGAGCUUUUCACCAAACUGAUUGGAUGUGGUAAGCAGUGUCCAUUCUGCUCAGCGCCUUGUGAGGCAGGAGGACAAGAACAUAGCGAGCACUUUGCUUCACUACAUCGGUCGAUAGCUCUGGGUCAAUACAGAUGUUCUCUCUCACAGAUACUUAGCACUGAUAUAUGCUCCUCUCUUGUGAUCACACCAAACAGCACUUUUCGGUGUGGUGCUACAAACUGGGAAAGACACCACCACAAGGAUUACAAAGCCAUUUUCCCUGACUGGAAGAUCUCACCAGAUGGAAGCCUUGAGGCAUCAGACUACUGGAAAUAUGUACUCGCCAAAUUCAACAACAAGUUCGCCAAAGCAUUCAAAGCAGAGCCUGCUGAUAUUCCUGUAACGUGGAACAUGAUUACACCUCAGCAAGCAGAGGAAAGCCUCAAAGAGUCUUUCAACAUCAAGUGA